AUGGCAUACUAAAUUGAUUUCUCUAAAUUAAAAUUGAUCACUGAUGACACUCCUUAAUUAAAAAGGGAACCUCCAGCCAUCUUCGCUAAAAAAGAAUCCACAGAUUAUUUCGAUGCUAAUUCAACAAUUUGUGAAUGCAAUGAUGAUAUUCAACCUUAUUCUUUUUAAUUAAGAUUCAAACUUGAAUUAAAGUAGCAACCUAUUUCUCAAAAUUAAGAUGAUAAAGAAUUUUGUAAUAUGGGUUCAAGUUUUGGAGUAAAUGAAAAUGAUAAUCAAGAAAAUCAAUAGAAUCAUUAAGAAAGACAAUCUGAUACUAUUCACAUUAAUAAUUGUAUUGAAUCUAAUCAUAACUAAUCACCUGGAAAUGUUAAAUCUCAUUUUAACCAAAUUCAAAAACGAAAUGUUUCUGUUUAAACUAAUAAAUUAUUUCUUGUUAACUAGCAAUAACUUUAUAAAUCAAAUCAAAAAUAUAUUAAUCAUGCCAUUUAUUAAGAAACACUUCUUAGCUUAAAAUAGAAAUAAACUCUAAAAAAAUUCGUUAGCAAAAAGAAAAACAAAUAUCAUUCAAUCUACUUACUAUUACUUUUGA